AUGCACAGUUCACUAUCGGUUGCUCACCAACUCGAAACGGCACGCUUGUCGUCCUGUGCACCCCAGCCAGUGCCUCCACUCCUUCCGUAUCUACCACGCGCUCCUUCCCAAAGGUAUUCGUCGUCGCCGAACAUACCGAUGUUGCCUCUAGCUCCGAUGCCUACCAUCAGCCACCACAAGGCAGCUCGGUCGUACGAGGUCCGUUCGAGUACCGCACCCAGCGACAGCCUCGCGACGAGCAGUGAGUUCUUGAGGAUACUGGCCAGAUACUUUCAGGUGGCCCGGGAAGGGUCUUAGACUAACUCUCAUGUGCAUCCCUUCCUUCCCAGGUGGCAGCAAGCCGCCGCAUUCGCGCUCGACAGCCGGCUGUGACCUUCGAAGGUUGGUGUGCGCGUCCGAGUCGCGCGCUCACCGACCGGCACUUUGACGAAUCAAGAGUCGCAGCUGACCUCAAGAACUGUGUUACAUUUCCACUGACUCCCACAAAAGCAGCAUUGAAGGUCAUACGAACAUCUACGUGAGUGUGGCGGAGUUGCAGGGCACUCCGGGCCAUCUUCAUUGGCGUGCCCCGCCCACCUCUCCCUCCUCCUCCCCCUCUCUGCAUGACCAACUCACUGUUGAUCGCCUACCGUCCAAUCAGGUUCGACUCUUGCCACCGGAGACGCGUGACUCGGACUUGCUCGCACUCGGCAGCUACUGGGGUCGAGUGAUAUCUGUUCGCGCGAUCCUUUCUCAUCCACCGCCACCAUAUCCGACGCGUCGCCAAUGCCUGCCUUCCAACACCACCUGCAAAGGAGUUGGCUUCAUUCUCUACGAGAAUUCGCAUCAAGCCCUCUCUGCUAUCUCGGGAUUACGGCAGAUCGGAUUCGAAGCAUCUUUGGCGAGGGUGAGAGACUUUCUGAUUCAUGGUACAGUUCCAAAGCUUGUACAGCGACUGAUAAAGUUCCGUCUUGUGUUAUCUCAUGCCACCCAAAGGACUCUCUCAAUCUUCGACUGCGUCAGCUUGCUGACGAGGGCAGCACGAACCUUUACUUGUCCAAUGUCAGCAUCGGGUCGUCUGUGCCAUUUCAGGAGGUCUGACAUUAGGCUUCUCUCCGCUUCAACACAGCUCCCGACCGCGUUUGGAGAGGAGGAUCUUGUCCAUUUGCUGCGACCUGCGCGAGUGCUCUCAGUUCGACUCUUGCGACAGAAUGAUGCCAUUCCUGCUUCCCAACGUCUUUCGCCCGGCCCAUCGAGAGGGAUUGGCUUUGCGAGGUGAGAAGCCCGCCGUCAAGCUUCACGUGUCGCAUUAUCUUGGCCCUCUCACUCGCGACAGUAGCUGACUAUGGCUUGCCCACAACCGCCACUGCGGCGCCUUCCUGCCGCUCGGCAGAAUUGCGGAUCGCGAUGCGGCAGAUGAAGUAAUUGAGCGUCUGCAAGCGGUAUUUCUGCCCGGCAGUAAUGCGCCACUUAGGGUUCGCUACGGUGAGCGCUUCAUCGCUUGGGAUUGA